AUGACCAACUAUUCUCUGUUAGUCAAGAUUCAAGGGCAGAGGGCCAUACAGCAACUCAGCCAGCAAGGCAAUAAGCUCUGCUUGGCUUUUGGAGUAGAAAACGGGGAACCCAAGGUCAUUGCAUCAAGCUCAAACCUUGCACCCAAUAUCCAAAUCCGGUGGAAUGACGACUAUGCUAUGGCUGCCAGUCAGUCCAACUUCAUGCAAGGAGCCUAUGUUGAGGCAUCGACUGAUCUCAGCCCCAUCAGGCCCGGUCAGACCUACACCUUGAGCCCAGACUUUCAAGGCAGUGUCAAUGACGGUGGGCCCCAAGGCGGUUUUCGCUUCAAGAACCAGGCCGACAGAGCCUCACCCGUCAUCUACAGAACAAUGGGCUUCGACAAGGCUCCAAUCUACGUCGGUUCCUCGCAAAUCCCGAGAGGCGCCAGUCAGGAUAUUAAGCUCAAUAACAAGGUCACGGUUUGGUUUGGCAGCGAUGGCCAAACUGGAACCAUGAUCGAUGGAAUUUAUGCACAGAGCAUUCAGAUUGACAUGUCGCAAAGGACUAACGCUGUAGUCAACUUUGGUGACGAUUUUAGGUGGUCGCUGGAGCAGUAA